GACUUCAUCAAAGUCUAUAUAUGGUACAGGAUUGGCCUAACACUAAAUGAGACAUAAAACGAAUUUUAAAAUAAAGUAAUUUUUGCAGAGUUGCAAAGAAAUUAUCUCAAAUUUAUAUAGUAAUUAGUUUUGUCAUAGGUUUUAUGUUUUCCUCCAAGACCUUUUUCUACCAUAAGAGACCUUUUUGUCUUGAAUUUUUUUUUUGUUUUUCGAGACCUAAAACCCUUACUUAAAUUUUCUUUUUCCACCAAGCAAGUUGAGGUCCUAGCUAGAAACAUUCGCUGUGUUUCACUUAAAUACACACACAUCACAAUCACAUCACAUUAUCACCACCAGUACCACAAAUAAAACAUCUAUUCUAUUCUAUAUUGCAAAUUUGCAAUUGCAACAUCCAACAAUAUGGCUUUCACAGUUUCUCAUAUUUUCCUUCUAGUCAUCUUUCUAUUUCCUUUCCAAUAUUGUUCAUGUUAUUUAACAUCAUUGAAAAAGGGUUCAUCUCUAUCAGUAGAGAAACAUGAAAAAGAUGUAAUUGUCUCUUCAAAUGGAAUAUUCUCUGCUGGCUUCUAUCAAAUCGGAGAAAAUGCAUUUUCAUUUGCCAUAUGGUUUACAGAGAUGCAGAAUCACAGUCAUGACCCAGCCAAUAUUGUUUGGAUGGCAAACCGUGAACAACCUGUGAAUGGUAAGCUUUCAAAGCUUUUCCUCUUAAACACAGGUAACAUCCUCUUGAUUGAUGCGGACCAACACAACAUUUGGUCUUCAAACACAGCAUCAGAUGCACCAUUAGAGUUGUAUCUUAAAGAAGAUGGUAAUCUUGUGUUACGUGAGCUUCAAGGAACUACCAUCUUGUGGCAAAGUUAUGAUUUUCCAACAAAUACUCUCCUUCCCAAUCAACCUCUCACAAGAUACACAAAUCUUGUUUCUUCAAGAAGCCAGAGUAAUCAUUCUUCUGGCUUCUAUAAGUUAUUCUUUGAUGACAACAAUGUUAUUCGUCUCCACUAUAAUGGUCCUGAUGUUUCGAGUACAUAUUGGCCUCCACGUUAUUUGUUGAGCUGGCAAGCUGGAAGGUUCAAUUACAAUAGUAGUAGAAUUGCUUUGUUGGAUUCUUUUGGGAAAUUCGUUUCCUCCGAUAAUUACUCUUUUUCCACAUAUGAUUAUAGUAUGGUUAUGCAAAGAAGAUUAACCAUGGAUUCUGAUGGUAAUAUUCGAGUUUAUAGUCGAAAAAACUUGUCAGAAAUUUGGUAUAUUUCAUAUCAAGUCAUAAUUGAUACUUGCAUUAUUCAUGGAAUUUGUGGUGAAAAUAGCACUUGUAGCUAUGAUUCUAAAAAGGGUAAGAAAUGCUCUUGUUUGCCGGGGUAUAAAGUGACGAACGAUAGUGAUUGGUCUUAUGGCUGCAAACCUAUGUUUGAUUUUACUUGCAAUCGAAGUGAGUCUACCUUUUUAAAAUUACAAGGUUACGAGCUCUUCGGUUAUGACAAUAAUUUUGUUCAAAAUAGUACCUUCAAAAAUUGUGAGAAUUUAUGUUUACAAGAUUGUUAUUGUAAAGGAUUCCAAUACAAAUUUGUAGAGGACAAAGGCAUCUUCAAUUGCUUUACAAAGCUACAAUUGUUGAAUGGGAGGCAUUCACCAAGUUUUCCAGGAGUAACUUACUUAAGACUUCCAAAAAGUAAUCACUUCUCUAAAGAAGAGACUAUGAGUGUAAAAGAUCAGUUUUGUUCGGUGCAGUUUCACAAAGAAUUUCCAAGAAAACCAAUAAGUCACAUGUUAAAGUUUUUUCAAUGGCUUGUAAUUACAGUUGGUGGUUUAGAAUGUGUUUGUUUUCUUUUGGUUUUUGUUUUUUUAUUUGCCAACAAAAAGAGUAGUGUAGAUAAACAUAACUAUCAUCAUGCAUUGGGAUUUAGAAGAUAUAGUUACUCUGAGUUGAAGGUAGCAACAAAGAAUUUCAGUAAUGAGAUUGGAAGAGGUGGAGGAGGGGUUGUCUAUAAAGGUACAUUUCCGGAUCAAAGACAUGUAGCCGUAAAGAGAUUGUAUGAAGCUCAACAAGGAGAAGGAGAGUUUCUCGCCGAAGUAAACAUCAUUGGAAGGCUUAAUCACAUGAACUUGAUUGAAAUGUGGGGUUAUUGUGUUGAAGGUAAGCAUAGAAUUUUGGUAUAUGAGUACAUGGAAAAUGGUUCUUUAGCUGAAAAUUUAUCCUCUAAUAAACUUGAUUGGAGCAAAAGGUAUGAUAUUGCUUUAGGAAUUUCUAGAGUGUUAGCUUAUCUACAUGAAGAAUGUUUGGAAUGGAUUUUGCAUUGUGAUAUAAAGCCACAAAAUAUACUUCUUGAUGCUAACUUUCAACCCAAGUUAGCAGAUUUUGGAUUGUCUAAACUCCAAAAUAGAAACAAUCUAAACAAUAAUUCAGAAUUCUCAAUGAUAAGAGGAACAAGAGGAUAUAUGGCGCCUGAAUGGAUUUUGAAUUUACCAAUAACAUCUAAAGUAGAUGUUUAUAGUUAUGGGAUUGUUGUGUUGGAGAUGAUAACUGGAAAGAGUUCAACAAUGAUGAAUAUAGAAGGAGAUGAUGGAGAAGUGGCAUAUAAUGGAAGAUUGAUAACUUGGGUAAGAGAGAAAAAGAGGAGUGCAUGUUGGGUGGAAGAAAUUAUAGAUCCUUCAAUGGUGAAUAAUUGUGAUUUGAGUAAAAUGGAAAUUUUGGCUAGAGUUGCUUUGGACUGUGUUGAGGAAGAUAGGGAUAUUAGACCUUCUAUGAGUCAAGUGGUUGAAAUGCUUCAAAGUCGUGAUAGAGAACUCGAGUGAUAUGUGUAAUGUCAAGUUAUAGGUUUUUAAUGGUCAAAUCUAUGAUGUACAAGUGAGACAAGUCUUUCAUCAUGCAUAAGAUUGUUUUUAUCAAUGAAUCAAGAAGUCUUACAUUUUUUUUUUUUAUAAGAAAGAGAUAUCAUUGAAAUGAGUACAACUAGAAGGGGUACUCAAACCCAUCACAAUAGACCAAUAAGUCUUACACUGAAUCCAAUGAGAUGCACGAACUUGUCUCAUUUAUGCAUAAUAGACAAAGUUGUUUUU